GUUUUGUCGCCUGCUAUAGGACAACGUCCAGAACCUCGGCGGAAGGAACACCCGUUUAAGAGAGCCAAACGUCUCGCGAAACUUGAUGCUACGCCCUUUUCAGACCCCGAUCUGGAGGAAGGAGAUACACUUUUGAUAGAGGUAUGACCACCUUAGCAGUAGGAGAUGACAUGCCAGCUUCGUUCUCUAAUCACUGCCGGUAUCCCCAGUAUCCGGGCCCUGUUUUCGAAAAUGAAUCACCGCGUCGAAGUCUUGAAGACCUGUCAGGCGUCGAACCUCUUCCUUACGAGAGACGGAUUGCCAAACGCGAGGCCAGACUGCCUACCCUUGGCCGCCAUCAGCUCACCGCCGAAGCCAUAAAGGACGGUAACUUGAAAGCGUUAAUGGAACGGGUAGACAACCUAGCGUUGAAGUUGUCUGAAAUCGAGAAUAUCGUCGAAAGGCUCGAAGACAAACAUGAGAAGUUGGAUGCUAAAGUCGAAGACACGGCUACAGACAUUGAUGCACUCUGUCAUGCCAUUAAGUCUGUGAGCAAGAAAGCUUUGCAGGUAAGCAAGAACCCAUCCCCUCCAGCCUGUAGCUCUGAGAGCAUUCAUAUUCAAUUUGGUAACCGAGUCACAGGGCCUCAAGAACUGCCAUGACUACAUUCGCGACAAUAUCGUGAACGCCGCCACUGGAGAAAAGCCUUUUGAGGUCUAGAACAAACAUAAGUAACGUACUUGAUAAGCGAGC